AUGGAGAAACUAUUGCCUAACGGUACGACAAAUCAACCUAGUCACGUGAAUGAAGCAUGCCAGUCGGACCCUAGUACCCCAAAGUCAAUACAUGAUGGGCCUAGUAACGGACUUCCGCCACUCAACUGUUUUGGGCCCUUUCCAUCUCCAACUACAUGCAAUGAAGUCCACACAUUCAACGUAGGCAGGUCCAACGGGAAAAGGAGAAGAGUGAUAAAUAUAACCCCCAAUAUAAGCCCAGUGAUUGAAUUGAUAGGUGCUGAUCCGAUGCCACACACUGUCCCGUUGCCGGAGUCCCCAUCUACUCCACCCGAAGAAAAUCAAAUUGACCUUAAUACCCCUCUUAUACAGCAGACGGAGAACAUAGAUAGAUAUCCCCAACCCCCCCCCCCCAAUGAUUUGAACUUAUUAAAACAGCCGAGAUAG